AUGGAAGUGAGAUGUGGUUGUUUCAUAUCGAGCCACCAAGGUCAGUCGUUGACCUUUGAGAGUUCAAGGAAAGGCUGCAGUCUUGUUCCGGAAGUAUUUAUAUGUUGUGGAAGUAUAGGAUACACCUCAAGGCAGAUCUGCUGCAUCGACAAACACGACCAUUUUGCUCCCUCUUUCGUGGAUAAGUGCCGCAUGACUAACCAGCAGUUCGAUAGCGUUGAAAAGUUGUUCGGAGCUGACAGCGUGGCUUUCCACAGAAGCAUCUACAAGAAGAACUUCACCGAUGAUGACUACGUGUCUGCCAUGCAAAAGUCCAACUUGAUGUUUAUCUUGAUGAUGACGCUGGGUUUCUUCACAGUGCCCGUUUUGAUGGUGUGUGCUAAGGUGUGUCUGCAACGAUUGGAUGCCCGCAUCAGCUUGUGGUUCCGCUACCAGCAAAAUGAAAUGUUCAGUAGGGAACCAAGUCCCUUACCUGCCGUCCCACUAAACGAGACCUACUCACUGCCCUUAGCCUCCCAGCCAAACACACUGGUGGACAUGCACUCCUUUGUCCCUGUAUCAUUCGUCUUCCAACCUCCGCCCUACAGCACAACUCCGAAAGAACCGCCAAAAUACUCGACAUUGUUUCCAAUUAUUGCCACCGAAAUUAAUGGAGAUGGCGGCAAUGAAGCUUGCAACGUUGAUGCUUGUUCCGCUGGUGUCAUCCAGAUGCAAAGUGUCCCCGCUAACAUGGAAAGUAGCUCCGCUAAUGCUGCUGCUGAUGGUCGUCUGUUCGAUAGAGACGAUAGGCAAGCCGGCCGAGAAGCGAAUUCAACUCAUUAA